AUGACUUCUUUCUUACAAUUUCUUUUCUUUCUUUCUUUUUUUCUUCUAUGUGCGAUAUUUCUUUCUUUCUUAUCCUUAGGUGCGUUCUUCCUUUCUUUCUUCCUUUUUUUCUUUCUUUCUAAUUUUUACUUUUCUAUUUUCUUAUACUUUCUUUCUUUCUUUCUUUCCUUCUUUCUUUCCUUUCUUUCUUUAUUUCUUAAUUUUUCUUACACUUUCUUCCUUUCUUUCCUUCUUAGACUUUCCUUUCUUUCUUUUUUUCCUUAUUAUCUCUUACACUUUACUUUCUUUCUGUUUUUCUUUAUUUCCUUUUUAUACUUUCCUUUCUUUCUUCAUUUGUUUUCCCUACGCCUUUCUUUUCUUUCUUUCUUUCUUUCUUUCUUUCUUUCUUUCUUCCCUCUUUACACUUUCCUUUCCUUCUUAAACUUUCCUUUCUUUCUUCAUUUUUACUUUCCUUCCUUCUUUCUUUCUUUCUUUCUUUCUUACACUUUCCUUUCUUUUUUUAUUUUUCUUACACUUUACUUUCUUUCUUUCUUACACUUUCUUUCUUUUUUCUUUCUUUCUUUCUUUUUGUAUUUAUUUUUCUUAAAAUUUACUUUCCUUCUUUCUUUUAUCUUUCUUUCUUUCUUUCGUGCAGUAUUCUUUCUUUUUUACAAUACUCCUUCUUUCGAUACACCCCUAACACUUUCUCAAACCUAG